AUGCCCCAAACCGGCUCAGGAGACAUGCAGAUACCUUAUAUAUCUGCAGGACAUGCAGACAAGAAUCAAGAAGAGAAGGAAUCUGCAGAAGACAGUCAACAGGUCAAUGACCAGGUUUAUAACCGGGUUGAUGACCAGGUUGAUGAUGCAGAGGUUGAAGAGGUUGAGGAGGUUGAAGAGGUUGAAAAUAAAGAUCAACAAGCAGACAAAGAAGACCACAACCUCUUACCUGACCAACCGAAUCAGGAAGGUCACAUGCAGAGAGAUAUUCAACCAAGCAGAAUUCGAAAGCCUUCACAAGCGGCAAUCGAAUCCAACCAGACAGAGGCAAUAUAUGGGCGAAAGCUACGUGUCCAGAAGCGCAGAGAAAAGAGGGAGGUAAAAGAGACUUCUCCGCGCAUAUCCACUGCAGAACUGCAGCGAAUCCAUGAAGUUACAAAUCUAGCUGUAGCGCUAGAGCUUCAUCUUGGUGACAACAAUAAGUUUACUUUUAAAACCAAGGCUAAUAGCAAGUUCGACAGAUAG